AUGGGUGUAAAAGGGUUGUGGGACCUUCUCGAACCUGCUGGCCGUCGCGUGGCCGCAGGAAAUCUGAAGGGGAAGGUCGUCGCGGUCGACGCAGCCAUCUGGCUGGUUCAAUUUCUGCAUGCGAUGAAACUACCGGACGGCUCACCGAUGCCGGCUGCCCAUUUGGUUGGCUUCUUCAAUCGUUUGUGCAGACUGCUCUUCUUUGAGAUUCGUCCCAUCAUCGUCUUCGACGGCCCGCCUCCGUUUCUGAAACGGCAGACCUUGUUGACCAGAAAGCGGCAGAGACAGCAGCAGGAGAAGAACCUCCGUUCAGUGGUGGCGCGGCUGCUUCUCAAUCGGCUCAAGGAGCAGCGCCGCCAAGAGCAAGCAGGCGCUUCCGGGACCCAGGAGAAAGCCUUUGAGGUUCCUGUCCCUCAGGACCUUGUGAGCGUUCCAGAUACGUCUUCUGCCUCUUCGCUGGUGCCGUCGAAGUCGCCUACCCCCCCUCCAGCUGCCUUGCCUUCAGGUUCGCUCGUGUCUGUCUCUUCUUCGUCUCCCGACCGUUCCUCUGGUGUCGCUUCUCCGUCUCCAUGCGCACCUGGAGCGGGACGCAGUGGCGACGUGGAUGAGGCUGCAGACGACCCUGCCUCAAGGUUGUUCUCCGCAGAUGAAGAAGAUAGUGAGGCAGAAGAGGAACGAGGAGCUCGCGGCUGCGAUACCGAGAAUGUGGACCAAAGGAAACGGCGGUGUGUUAAUCGAAGGAGGCGCUCUUGCGCUGACAGCGACCUCUCGGAGGUCACACCUGAAGGCGAGGCAGCGAGUGACGACGGUGUGUCCGUUGAGGCAGAGACCCGCGGGCGAUCUCUUGCCCCUCCAGUCCCCGAGGAGCUUCGGGGCUUCUUGAGCUCGCGGCGCCAACUGGGCGAGCUGCCGAUGCCGUCCGUUCUCGCCAUGCCCGCGAGCGCUGCGUCGACAAAGGCUUUCGAGAAUCUAGGACUUCCCAGCCUCAUCAAGCGUGGCCACGACGGCGAAAGCAGGAAGGUCGUUAGGCGAGCGGAGGAUUUCAAGGCCUACAGGCUCGAGGACGACUCUUUCGUGCAGCUUCCGUUGGACGCCGAGAUUGAUCAGGAAGUGUUUGAUCUUCUGCCUCCUAUGGUUCAAUUCCAGAUUUUGACACAGCUUCGAGAUGCAUGGCUGCAAGAUAGUCGAGUGAAAGCUUUGCAGGCCAAGAACAACAUCUUUGUUUUUUCGAACGUUCAACUGGAGUCCUACAUCCGCAGCGUGCAAGCGAACCAGCAUUUGACCACAGUGAAGAUGCGUUUGGCGGCUGCGCAGCAUCAUGAAGGGGACACUUCACGCUCCGAUGCGGAUAUCGCAGUCAGUCGCUGCACUUCUUCAUCUUCUUCGUCAUCGUCUUCUUCUGGCACCGAGAUGACUUGUCUCGCCUUGCCAGCAUCGCCUCAUGCCGCAGAUCGUCGAUGCGGGUUCGAUGUCCUGAAAGCGGAGCGUGUGAGCCCGACGACUUCUCCUGCGUCUGCUCGGUCGCGGUGCCCCGAGUUUUCCUCCCGCGUGCUCCCUCGGCCUCUCCCCCUUUUUUCGGGGGGCAGGGAGGUAGCGGCUCGGGGGCCUGGUGGCCCCGCUUUGGCGGCGGAGUGGACAUCUCUGUCGGGUGCUCUGUUGGGUGCUGAGGACACGUCGAAGGCGCAAGGCAGGUCCUCGACUGCCGGGUUCGCAGACCGAGCCUUUUCUCUCGAUGGGGGGCUCAAACUUUCGAGACAAAAAGGCUUCAUGAAUGAUUUAACUCGAACGGUUCUGCCGCUCGCUGCCCCCCGAGAGGCGGCCCUCCUGACGCCGUCGGAGUUGCUCGCUGCGGCCACACAAGCGGCCAGACACGGCGGCGCUGGGCUUCUAGGAGGGUCACAGAGAGGAGAGGGCAGCGGCCUUUGGGCCAAGCUGAAGGAGGAAGAAGAAGGCCGACGGCGGAAAAUUAAAGAGAGUCGAAUGACCGGGAGAUGGCUCAAGGAGGACGAAAAAGACGAGGAAGACGAUGCCGUCAUCGUCACGGGGUCCGGAGAGAAGCAACACAUCGCUCUCCUGGAUGACCGGGAGAUCUUCGGCGACGCCUUCUUCGACUCCACGGUCGAGAACCAGACCUCCAUUGCUUCAGCGAACCGUAGUGGAGCCACAACGGAGAGGCUCCACAGCCAAGAGGUCGCGGCCAUCUCUCUCCUGGAUGAAGCAGAAGAAGCAGGCAAUGUUUGUCCGGCUCAGAAGGCGCCCACGCUAGUGGUGAGAGACAAGGAAACAGUGGUGGUGGACGAUGAGACUGGCGACACGGAGCAGGUGCCCAAGCUCCCCCAAGGCGUCAUGACCCUUGACGAGGACAGCGACGAGUUUGACAAUUGCAUUGUUGAUACGAGUGAGGAGGCAGACUCAGAAUCGCAAGUCUGUUCUGCCUCUCUUUCCACGUCACUUGUGCCUGCUGCGGUGCCUGCUGUACCGCGGGCUGAACGAUCCCGUUAUUCUAUUGGUUCUUUGCCUUGUGGUGCUCGACCGAGCCAUGCUGCCGGUCCAGCGACUUCUUCAAGUCCCCCUCAAGGCGAUUCUAACAAGGCAACAGAAGAAGGCGAGGGAGGAUCAGAUGCCUGCAAAGAACAGCAAUCAGGCGAGGCAGGGUCAGAGGCUGAGGUGGCGGCACAAACUCGGGGCCAGCGUGUGAGGCCACGACUGGUAAGGAGGCGUGGAUUCGGACGCAGGCGAGUCUGCGCGUCUCUGGCCUCUUCGCUAGAUUCUGGUCAAGUUACUGAGGAGACGAAAACUGCAGACGCUUCUCAGUCGCAUUUGUCUUCCGCUUCGUCGUCUUCAUCCACGGUCUCUUCGUCUCGGCCGCCCUCCGCGUUUGCUUCCUGCACCCCGUCUUCAUGUUUUUCUUCUCGCACUUCUGGAUCUGUGUCAGUUGAGACGAAAGAAGGUAUUCGUGACACAUCCCAUUUUCAGGGGAGUCCUGGCGCGUGUGCUGAGGAAGGCAACUUUCUAAGGAAGGGCAAGGCCAAGGGCGGGGCUCCGUUUGAAGCUCACCCGAGAGGGCCACAGGACAAAGCGUCUUGUGACUCGACAGAAGAGAGAGACUCUGUGAACCGCGGCUCAAAAUCCACGAGGAAUCCGUUCGGUUCUGACCUCAUGGAUACAGUUUUUUGCGAGUCGUCGACUAGCAAGAACAGUGAGGAGUUCAAAAUGAACCCAUUGAUCGCAGACGCUAACUGGACGCGGGUAGCGGCGCCCACAGGGCAGAGUGAGAAAAAUGAGGAAGCAGAGGCGUUCUCUUCCUCGUCUUCACAUCCCACACGGGAGCUUGAAGCAGCAACUGGUUCGGGGCAUGCAGAGACGAGGAGUGAACGAAAAACAAACGGCCAGGAGGACGAGAAGAAAGCGGCGGGAAAGGACGAAGCUGUAGAAGACAUCGUGGACAAACUUCUCGCGGAGUUAGGCACUGUAUCAUUUCCCCAGGAAGCGAUGCACCGCCCUCUCUGGGGGGAAAAAGAGGGCCAAGCCAGCGGGAGCGAGGACGAGGAAGUAGGUGAGAAGGACACCAGCGAACGAAGGAGGAAACGGCUGCAUAAUCAGGACGAAGAAGAAGAAUUUAUGCAACUGUGGCUUGCAGUUUUUCCUCAGCUCAAGGAACAUUUGCCUGCGGACCAGUCUGGAGACCAGGACACCGCGAAGGCAGCACAGUCAAGGAAAUUGGGAACUUUGCCGGACGAAGAAUCACCCGACGAGAUAGGAGAUGAGUCGGACGACGUCGUGGCGACGACAGAGGCGAAAGACAUGGAAGCAGAACGGCAGCACGUCUGGGACGAUCUCUUUUUCGACACAGAAGGAGUACCACCCGACAAGAGUGAGGAAGGAAAACUUCAGGAAAAAGAACCCCCUUCAUCUGUCGAGAGAGAGCGGAGAGCAGCGGAAGAAAGGGAAACGCGGGCGGUUUUGCAUCCAGAAGGACAAUCCAAGAAGGUUGAGGAAGCUACGAAGAGGCCAACAAAGAGGAGAGGCAUAGUUGGAGCGGCACAAGGCCUCCAGCCCCGGCUGCCGUCUUCCGCGAUUUUCCCCGCAGUGCCUGAGGCAACAGACGAGCCUUCAACACCUACGGCCUCUCGCGCGUCCCAGGCGGCCUUGAUGACGAUGGGUGGAAGCAGUGCAGAUGAGCAACUGCGGGAGAAACUGGAGGAGGAGAAGCUUCUUCUUCUUCAGCAAGCUGGGAUGCUUCAACAGCAAACAGGAAAUAUCACAGAGCGCAUGAAGGACCAGGUUAUCGCUCUCCUUCGUGCCUUCGGGGUCCCUUUCAUCACCGCCCCAGGUGAAGCAGAGGCAACAGCGGCAUACCUAACCAAACAGAACUUGGCUGACGCCGUGAUAUCUGAUGACAGCGACGCACUUGUUUUUGGCGCGCGCGAGAUCUAUCGGAAUUUCUUCGAGAACAAGAAGAGUGUAGAAAUGUACGAAGCGAGUUUCAUCGCUCACAAACUGGGUCUAGGGCAACAGCAGCUAAUCCUGCUUGCAAUGCUUCUAGGAUGCGAUUACACCUUAGGCGUUAAGGGUAUAGGCAUCGUGAACGCUGUCGAAGUGCUUCGCGCGUACCCUUCUCUAGAAUCACUGCGUGCGUUUCGAGCGUGGGCAGAAGCACCUUGGACUUUAGGCAUAACAGCAAGCGAUUCUGCGGAAGUCCGAAAGUAUAAAGAAGAGCACAAAAACUACCGACUGCAGUGGAUCUUUCCUCAUGAUUUUCCUUCUCCUGAAGUAUUCGAUGCCUUUGAAUCCCCUCUGGUUGAUAGGUCAAGAGAGCCUUUCUCUUGGGCUGUACCAGACGUAGACUCGAUUGUGGCGAUUAUGACUCAUGCCGGGGGGCUGAGGCGAAGCGAGGUGCUUGACUGCCUGCUGCCCGCUGUGCAACGCUACACAUCAGCGCAUGCGUUUCAGCGUCAGACGAGGAUUACGGCCUUUCUUCCGUUUGUUGAAAGAAAUGCUAAGAAAGCUGGCUCCUUCAGGGGGACUAACCAAGAAGGGAGAACGGACGAAAAUCCUGUGUAUGAUGCGCUUGCAAAAGCAGCGCAGGCCGCAGAAGCAGACGUAAAGAAGAACAAAAAGGGUAGGAAAAGGAACGGUGACUUCAAGGGCGGCAGAGGAGAUGAGGUGCGCUUCAGUGACACACAAGAAAAUGAAGGAGACGACUCGGAAGAAGACGAAGAAAGAGGGACACACCUUCAAAGUGUUGCAGCGUGCGAAGAGCGAGAAGAGAGAAGAACGAGACAGGAACAAGCAAUCCCCGAUGCGGCUGCAGAGGUGCAACGCCUGGAGGAUGAAGGAGCUGUAGCUGUCAUUCGCAGCGAGAGAAUGCUACGGGCAGUAUCCGUUUUAGGGCAGCGACAUAGGAAGGGACAAGAUGCCGCCGCAGUGAGCCACCUGCCAGAAGGGGAAGUGGAGAAGAAGGAAACAUCGUUGCAAGAUGAGGACGACUGCAAGACUAAACGUAGAGGUGGUCGAAGGCAGCCGGGCGCGGCACGGGAUGGCCGGGCAAAAUCACGGUCCCAAAGGUCGCCUCAGGGCAGCUCUCAUGUCCAGUCCAAUAAAGAGGCAAAUAUGCCACAAGGGAAUGCUGAAGGAGAGAAACGUUCGGCAGCAAGACAGCCACACCGGAACCGCCGGCGGCAGGCGGGUCCGAUAGAGAGGCGACCGGACGCGGCUACUCGUCUCACUGUCGGUUCACCGGUCGACGGAAAACGGGAAAAAGAAAGAAAUUCGGGGGAAGCACAAAUAGGGGACUCUUUCCGAGAUACUGCCUCCGGUGACUCAGAUCACGACGGUCUAGUGGAAAGUGACAAGAAGAGAAUGAGGCACAGAUCGCCUCCAUAUGCCGAUGAGUCCGACCUCCGAGAUGAGGAUGCCGUAUUAGUUGCUACAAUGAUGCAGGAGCUGGAUGCAGAAGAGGACCUUGAGAGUUUGGCUGCUGCCGCUGAAGCUGAGUUGGAGAACGACCUGUAG